AUGACUCAUAAUAUAUGUAUCCUGUGCAGGUGCAUCAGAGUGAACCGCUUCCAUAAAGAGGAUGCUGAAUUGCUCAGAGCGUGUGCUGAGAGUGGAGUGCAGUAUAAGGACCUUGGUCUGCCCAAGGAGCUCACGCUUUGGGUCGACCCUGGAGAGGUGUGCUGUAGGUAUGGUGAGAGGAAUCAUGGUUUCACUGUAGCCACCUUCUCAAGUGAUGAUGAUGCUGAUGAUAAAGAGGAUGUGACAAAGAAAGUGACGAGCGCUGUGGAGAGGGUCACGUCAGAUUACCACUCCGGAUCCUCCUCGGAUGAGGACACCAGGUGUAGAGAGGCCCAGUACACCCCACCUCUCCACAACCACACUCCAUACCAGCUUUUAUAUGCCAGUGCCCCAGUAUGGCAUCCUGUACCAAGGAAGAAGUUUGGCCUGGGGAAAGGGCAUUACCCUCAGCGGCCACACUACAUAAUCCGCCCCCCUUGCAGACCUAACCAUUCCUUUAAACCGCACAGCUGGGUCCAGCAGGGGUACCGUAGCAAGCACGGCUACUGGGGCAGCACUUCAAACCUAGUACACCAGCUUCAGUAACCACUGUUACUACAGGAUGAAGUUCAUUGGUGUCAGUGUGAGGGUGUUCCAUUGGAAAGUGUUUUUUUGAAGUUACCACUAAGAUGACUGACCACAUUUU